AUGCGAGAUCUAAAAACAUAUCUUUCCGUGGCACCAGUAGUAAGUACUCUAUGGUUCGGGGCUUUGGCAGGUCUCUUGAUAGAGAUCAAUCGUUUUUUUCCAGAUGCAUUGAUAUUCCCCUUUUUUUCAUUCUAG